AGUAGUAAAAACCUGGACACCAAAAUGGUAUUGGAUGAAAAAUAAUAAUUAUAAGAGGGGACAUAUGCAAAACUCCCAAAAAAACAGACCGAGUCAAACUUGAGUUGGAGCCAGGAAUCGCUUGCUUGGAACUCGGAAGCGACCAUCCAUGGCGAUUCCUUAGGACCCUGCUCCUCCGCCAUUGAUCAUCAUCCCUUCUUUUUCGCUCCGCCGAAUGCGCUGCUCCUCAAGCUCUCCGAGAACCAGAGUGAAACUCGCCAUGAAUCCCGAGAAAAAAGCUCCGUGUUCUCCCGAGCACCAAUGUCCCGGAGAAAUCUCAACCCCUAUCCAUCCAAUCACCACCAUCACCACCACCACCACCUCCUCCUCCUCCUCCUCCUCCUCUUCCUCCUCUCGAGGAGAAAGAGCGAGUGAGCGAGCGAGGGGGCAUGGGCAACUGCUGCUCCUCCCCUCUCUCCUUCACCAACUCCAACUCUCAGAACACCCCUUGCCUCCCCCUCUCCGACGAUCUCCUCGACGCCGACGAUCACCCCCACCUCUCCGACAUCUCCCCUGUCCUCCGUGACCCCCCUGUCUCUCCCCUCCCACCCCGCUUUCUCCUCGGCCGCGAACUCGGCCGUGGCGAGUUCGGCGUCACCCGCCUCUGCUCCGAUCCCGACACCGGCGAGACCCUGGCAUGCAAAUCCAUCUCGAAACGCAAGCUCCGCACCGCCAUCGACAUCGAGGACGUCCGCCGCGAGGUCUCCAUCAUGCGCACCCUCCCUCCCCACCCCAACGUCGUCUCCAUCCACGACGCCUAUGAGGAUUCCGACGCCGUCCACCUCGUCAUGGAGGCUUGCGCUGGAGGCGAGCUCUUCGAUCGCAUCGUCACCCGUGGCCACUACUCCGAGCGUGCCGCUGCCGGUGUUGCCCGAACCAUCAUCCAGAUCAUCCAGGUUUUUUCAAAACAAACUCCUUUCAUCAACGAAUCCUUGUAUUCAAUUCAUCUAUCUUCUUCAUUGCAGCACUGUCACAAACAUGGAGUGAUGCAUCGCGAUCUAAAGCCAGAGAACUUCUUGUUUGCUAAUGCUUCUGAGGAUUCUCCUCUCAAAGCCAUUGAUUUUGGUCUCUCUGUGUUCUUUGAGCCUGGUGAACGUUUCCAUGAAAUUGUUGGAAGCUCAUACUACAUGGCUCCAGAGAUUCUCAAGAGAAAUUAUGGACCAGAAGUUGACAUAUGGAGUGCUGGUGUUAUUCUUUACAUAUUGUUGUGUGGGGUUCCUCCAUUUUGGGCAGAGUCUGAUGAAGGGAUUGCACGGGCGAUUGUUAAGUCGGUGAUUGAUUUUGAGAGGGAUCCUUGGCCAAAAGUCUCUGAUAAUGCCAAGGAUCUUGUGCGACGAAUGCUUGAUCCAAAUCCUUACACCAGAUUAACAGCUGAAGAAGUUCUAGAGCAUCCUUGGCUGCAGAAUCAUACUGUGAUUCCUAAUAUUCCGCUUGGGGAAACUGUGAGGUUCAGGCUUAAGCAGUUUUCAGUCAUGAACAAGUUUAAGAAGAAAGCAUUAAGAGUGGUUGCGGAUCAGUUGCCUAUGGAAGAAAUUGCUGGGAUUAGGCAAAUGUUCCACAUGAUGGAUACAAACAAGGAUGGGAACUUGUCAAUGGAUGAACUUAGAAAGGGUCUCCAUAUGAUUGGCCAUGGUGUUUUAGAGCCAGAUGUUCAGAUGAUUAUGGAAGCAGCAGAUUCUGACGGAAAUGGUAAUUUGGACUGUGAUGAGUUUUUGGCCAUCUCCGUUCACUUGAAACAGCUUGGCAAUGAGGAGCUCCUAUCCAAAGCAUUCAAAUACUUCGACAAGGAUGGGAAUGGGUAUAUCGAGAUCAACGAGUUGAGAGAAGCCUUAGGAGAAGAUGACCUCGGACCCAACGAACAAGUGAUCCUUGACAUCAUCUCAGAUGUUGACAAGGACAAGGAUGGUCGCAUUAGCUACAAAGAGUUCGAGAUAAUGAUGACGUCCGGAACAGACUGGAGGAACGCGUCGCGCCAGUAUUCAAGAGCUACAUUGGACAGCCUUAAUCACAGAUUGUUCUUUGAUGGUUCUUUGAAAGAAACAAGAUUGUCUUGCAAUUUGUAAAGUUGAUAAAAGGAUGCACCAGUGAUUCUAGUUCUUAACAAUUUUCAAUUUUCCCUCCCUCUCUUGCUUACUUUCAGCAGUUUAACAUGUUAACUCUGCUUCUUAUGAUGAAAUGUAGCAAUAACCCUUUUGAGAGCCAAAUGAUGGUGGUGGGGUGUUGCUGUUUUAUGUGUUCAUAACAGGGAAGAGGCUGCAAAAACACACACUUUCCAUA